AUGAGCGGGCAAAUAUUUUCUAAAAAAAUUUUAAGAAGUGUAAAGAAUUUUCGAACACAAUUAAAUGAAGGAAAUAAAACGUUUUGUAAAUUAGGAAGUAAAUAUAUAAAUACAAAAAAUAAUAUGCCACAUAUCGAUUUGAUAAAUAUUACAGAAAAUAUGAAUAAUAACCAACACAAUACCAAGGGUGGAAUACAUAAAAGUGAUGAAAAUAUAAAAACAAAUAAUGUAGAAUCUAUUCUAAACAAUUUAAACGAAUACCAACUUAUAAAUGAAAAUAAAGAAUGUAGUGAUGAUAAUAGUACAAAUGUGAGUAGAAAUAUUCGAAGUGAAAAUGAUUGUUAUGAUAAUAAAGUAGAAAAUUGUCAAAGAAAAGAUGAAAAAUCUAAAUUAAAUAAUGAAAAAUGUAAUGUAGAAACAAAUGGAAAUUCAAAUAAAAUAAAUAAUAUUGAUACAAUAAGAGAAAAAAGAGAAGAAGGAAAUGAAAAUGCUUUAAAUAAAAAUAAUGAUGAAAAUGAAGUAAAAAAAAAUAUCAGUGUUGAACUUUUGAAAAUCUGUAAUUCUUUGAAAAAUAUAGGAAAUAAAUAUUUUAAAGAAAAUAAUUAUAUAAUAUCAUUAAAAUAUUAUACAGCAGCAAUUGAUUUUAUAAAAAGUUUUUAUGAAAAUAAUACAGACAAAUCAUAUUUAAAAUUAUUAAAUCAAAUUAAUAUAGAUACACUAUCUGAUUAUGUACAAAUUGAUGAAGAAGACAUUGAUUUAUUAAAAAAUUAUUAUAAUGAAAGUACAAUAAAUAAAAGUUCUGAAUAUAUAAGUAUGAAUGAAACAGAUCUACAUAUAUAUUAUACGAAUAGAUCUUUUUGUAAUAUGAAAUUAGAGAAUUAUGGUUUAUCAAUACAAGAUAUAGAUGAAGCUAUAAAAAUAAAUCCAUAUUAUGCUAAGGCAUAUUAUAGAAAGGGUUGUUCUUAUUUAUUAUUGUCUGAUUUAAAAAAUGCAUCUGAUUGUUUUCAAAUGGUCCUAAAAUUAACAAAAGAUAAAAAUUCAGAAUUAAAAUUAAAACAAUGUAAAAAAUUAUUAUUUGAACAACAAUUUCAAAAAGCUAUAGAAUUAGAACAAAAAAUUCCAUAUUAUGAAACGAUUAAUUUAGAUAAUAUGAAAAUAGAAAAUAAUAAUGCACCGAUAUAUGACCGAAAUAAUUUAAAUAUAGAUUUUUUAAAAAAGGUUGUAGAAUAUAUAAGUGUACCUAAUCAAAAAUUAAAUAAAAAAUGUGUAUGUGCAAUAAUAUUAGAUGUAAUCAAAUUGUUAAAAGAAUCACCUACUUUAGUAUAUUUAAAUUUGAAAGAAGAUGAAACGAUAACAAUUUGUGGUGACAUACAUGGUCAAUUUUAUGAUUUGAUAAAUAUAAUGAAUAUUAAUGGAUAUCCAUCUCCAAAAUAUUCUUAUUUGUUUAAUGGCGACUUUGUUGAUAGAGGUAGUUUUUCUGUAGAAGUUAUUAUAUUUUUAUAUUUAGCCAAAUUGAUAUAUCCUAAUAAUGUGCAUCUAACUAGAGGAAAUCAUGAAACAGAUAAUAUGAACAAAAUAUAUGGAUUUUUAGGUGAAUUAUUAGAAAAAUAUGAUGAAAAAUUACAUUCUUUAUUUUCAGAUUCAUUUAAAUUUCUACCUUUAGCUUAUGUAUUAAAUGAUAAAGUAUUUAUAUGUCAUGGUGGUAUACCAAGUAAAACAGAUGUAACUUUAAAAGACAUUGAACAAAUAAAUAGAAUCACAGAACCUUUAGAUGAAGGAAUCAUGACUGAUUUAUUAUGGUCUGAUCCAAAUGAAGAAAAAGGAUUUAAACCUUCAAAAAGAGGUAUUGGAUUUUCAUUUGGUACAGAUAUUACUGAAAGUUUUUUAAAAAAAAAUAAUUUAUCCCUUAUUAUUCGAUCGCAUGAAGUACGAGAUGAAGGAUAUUCUUUAGAACAAAAUGGACAACUCUAUACAGUUUUUAGCGCUCCGAAUUAUUGUGAUGUUAUGAAAAAUAAAGGAGGGUUUUUAAAAUUCAAAGGAAAUACAACAAAACCAGAAUGUGUAAAAUUCACUGAAGUUAAACAUCCAAAUGUUCCAUCCCUUAAAUAUGCUCAUAAUUUAUAUCAAAAUAUUUAA